CUAGAAAGCAAUUUACGGCCAUAGGGAACGAUACUGAUAUUACCUUAUCGCUUUUCAACUACAAUCAAAUACCUCGUUUAUAAACCAGAUAUUCUUCCCAAGAGAAUAUAAUCUUCCAUCAUGUCGAAAAAGAUCGUCAUAAUCGGUGGUGUUGGCGGAGGCAUGUCCGCUGCCACCCGCAUGCGCCGUCUUGACGAAUCGGCCACGAUUACAGUGUUUGAAAAAGGACCUUACGCUAGCUACGCCAACUGCGGUAUACCUUAUGCUCUGAGCAAGGUCAUAAGAGAUGAUGCCGCUCUAGUUUUACAUACGCCCGAAUACUUCAAGGAAGUCUUCAACAUUGAUGUUUAUCUCAACACAGAAGUUGUUGAGAUUGACCGCAUAAAUGAGCAAGUCUGCACACGAACUGCUGGAGAGGCUGAGAUUCGGCGAGUCGAUUAUGACAAGCUCAUCUUAUCCCAAGGCACAGACGCAAUACGGCCGCAGAUCACCGGAGUGGAUCAGAACCAUGUAGUCACUCUCCGGACUCUCUCGGAUCUGCAAGCGAUUAGAACGCUCAUGCUACAGCGAUGCCCCACAGAUGUUUGCAUCAUUGGAGGCGGAUACAUAAGUCUUGAAGCCGCCGAAAACUUGCGGAAGAUGAAGUUUGGGGUAUCCAUUGUCGAACAAGGGACACACGUCUUGCCUCCACUCGAUGCCGAUAUCGCGCAGGCUCUUCAUGCAGAACUAAAGCGUAACGGCGUAAGGCUAUUCCUAAACGACACCGUAAGGAGAAUUGAAAAGUCGUACGUUGUUAUGGCUAGAAAUGGAAGAGAGAUUCCUGCCGAUAUGGUCAUUCUAGCUGCUGGCGUGACGCCGAAAACUUCACUGGCAAAGCUGGCCGGUCUGGAAGUGGGAAAGCAAGGAGUCAAAGUCGAAUCACACAUGGAGACGUCUGAUGAAGAUAUAUAUGCCGUGGGAGACAUGGUUGAGACUAAGCAUAUGAUUCAAAAACAGCCAUGCGUGGUUGCUCUGGGGGGGCCAGCAAAUCGACAGGGCCGACUCGCCGCAGAUCAUAUCGCCGGCAAGCCGGUGCACUAUCGCGGCAAUAUUGGCACAACCAUCUGCCAAGUCUUUGAUUUAACAGUCGGUUUAGCAGGCCUGUCCGUCGCAGCGCUGCGUCGUCUCGGACAAGAGCCACUCUGGGUCACAGUGCAUCCUCCGCACCACGCAAGCUAUUAUCCCGACGCUCAUCCGAUUACGAUCAAGACAGCCUUCGAAAGAGGCACAGGCCGUAUUCUGGGAGUGCAGGCAGUGGGAAUGGCUGGCGUCGAUAAGCGCAUUGACGUCCUGGCGACCGCGAUGCAGGCUGGCAUGACAGUCCUUGACUUGGAACAUCUCGAGCUAAGCUACGCGCCGCCGUAUGGUUCGGCCAAGGAUGCCGUGAACAUGGUUGGGUUUGUAAGCUCCAAUUUGCUUCGCGGGGAUUAUAAGCUUGUGCACGCCGAAGACAUCAGUGUCGAGAAUCUGAGUGCCUGGCAAGUCGUUGAUGUUCGCUCACCUGACGAGUUUGCAACUGGCCACCUCCCGCAUGCAAUCAACUUGCCAAUUGGGACGCUACGUGAUCGGGUAUCUAAGAUUGAUAAUUCCAUUCCGACUCUUGUAUACUGUUCAGUGGGCUACCGAGGAUACUUGGCUUACCGUAUCCUCAGUCAGAGAGGAUUUAAUGUAGUAAAUCUUGACGGUGGAUUAAAAACAGUAGUCGAAGGGGGGAUUAAGAUUUGAAGCUUUAUUGGUUGUAUUCUUAGCUUAUUUAAUGAUGUAUUCAUUGGUUUUUACUUGUAAG